GCACUCACCCCAUCGCCCGACACUAUCCCAUGGCGGUUAAGCCCAAAACCGCCACCUCCGCUUGCCUCGCCGCCGCCGCCGCCGCCCAUGGAGACCUUCAAAUCGCCGGCGCGGCCCUUCUCGCCGCCGCGGGAGCCCUCCGCGGCGACGGUGCUGCUGUGCCCUUGCGUGGUGUUCCUCCUCCUCGCCCUCAUCGCCACCUCCAUCGCCCUCACGGUCCACUUCCGCCUCUACUGCCACUCCCCUGCCGGCCACCUCAUUUCCCCCCACAAUUGCCCGCGGCACACCUGAACUCUAGCGCAGACAGCAUCUGGGGCGAGGGAUCAGGCGCGGGCCUGCUCCGCAGCCGCGCACUGCCUGCAAUUUCUGCGAGAUCCCGUUCCCUCCUUGCCGCGUCUCCGGCAUGGGGUCGCAGCGCGCUGUUCCGUUUCGCUGGGUCGAGAUGCCUCUCAACCUCCACUUCCUCCGCCUCUGAAGACGAGGACUUGCCGUCGCAGGCGCCGUCGAGCGACCCAGAGCACUUGGGCCGCGUCUGCGCCGCCAUCGCGGACGUCAUCGCCGCUGGCGCCGACGCGAACCUGGAGGCAGCGCUGUCCGCGCUGUCGCUGCCGCUCUCCGAGGCGCUCGUGCUUGCCGUCCUCGACCGCUUCAAGCACGCACACAAGCCAUCACGCCGCUUCUUCCAAUGGGCCGCCGCAUCUGGUGGGUUCGCGCACACCCCCCUCACCUACUGCAAGAUGGUGCACAUCCUUGGCAAGGCGAGGCAGUUCGAGACGAUGGUUGCACUAGUCCAAGAAAUGGGGAAGACGGGUACCCUGUGCAUGGACGCCUUCAAGAUCUCCAUUAAGUCUUUUGCCGCAGCUGGUGAGAUCAAGAAUGCAGUUGGCGUGUUCGAGAUGAUGAAGGUGCACGGAUUUGAUGAUGGGGUGGAAUCGUUCAAUUGCUUGCUAGUCGCUUUGGCCCAGGAGGGGCUGGGGAAGGAGGCUGCGCAGGUGUUCGGCAGAAUGCGUGAUCGGUACACUCCGGACCUGCGCACAUAUACAGCGCUCAUGCUGGCAUGGUGCAAUGCAAGGAACCUGGUGGAGGCUGGGCGGGUUUGGAAUGAGAUGCUGGACAAGGGGAUGAAGCCAGAUGUUGUCGUGCACAACACAAUGAUUGAGGGGUUGCUUCGAGGGCAGAGGCGGCCCGAGGCUGUGAAGAUGUUCGAGCUGAUGAAGGCGAAGGGGCCUCCCCCCAAUGUGAGGACUUACACAAUGCUGAUUCGAGACCAUUGUAAGCGGGGAAAGAUGGACAUGGCCAUGCGGUGCUUUGAGGAGAUGCAGGAGAGUGGGUGCCAGACGGAUGUCGCUACCUAUACGUGCUUGCUUGUGGGUUAUGGGAAUGCAAAGCGAAUGGAUAGAGUGACGGCGAUGUUGGAGGAAAUGACACGGAAGGGGUGCCCUCCUGAUGGCCGAGCGUACAAUGCGCUGAUUAAGCUGCUCACCAAUAGGAAGAUGCCAGAUGAUGCAUUAAGGAUAUACAAAAAGAUGAUAAGCAAGGGGCUUGAGCCCACAAUCCAUACAUACAACAUGAUAAUGAAAUCGUAUUUCCUUGGCGGGAGGAACUAUUUGAUGGGUUGCGCGAUGUGGGAUGAGAUGCAUCGGAAGGGGAUUUGUCCUGAUGGGAACUCGUACACAGUGUUUCUUAAUGGUCAUAUACGGCAUGGCAGGCCUGAGGAAGCAUGUAAAUUUAUCAAAGAGAUGAUUCAAAAAGGUAUGAAGGCUCCACAGAUAGACUACAACAAAUUUGCUGCAGAUUUCUCCAAAGCUGGGAAGCCAGACAUAUUGUUUGAAUUGGCUCAGAAGGUGAAGACAGGGAAAUUUGAUGAAUUUAACGUGUUCCAUCAGUGGGGAGAGAGAAUGAGAAGUCGGGUCAAGCAAACUGUCCCUAAUCAGACUAGUGAGCAGGGACAGGACGCUGUAAGAUUAUGAUGUUUGUAAUGAUGAUUGGAAUUUUAGUGCUCCUGCUAUUUAGGAAAGAGGUGCUAUAGUUUCUCUGAUGUUGUAUAGUAACACUUCAUUAAAGAUUAUGUCUCUUCUUAGACCCAAAAUAUGCAGUAAAUAAAUGGUUAAAUAGUACUCAA